AUGAUAUCUCCAUCCGAGCUUCUUGAACAUUACCGUGUAAUGCGGCAGCCUCUUGCACCACUAGGGCUGUCAUGGUGGGAGACAAACCGAACAAUCUUAUCACAGCUAUGGAGGGAAUCUUCAAUUUCUGCUAGAAUUCUAACUCUAGUUACUGGCCUUUGCCUGUUGUCGAUCCUCUCACGGUUGGCCCGACCGCGCUCUCUGCGGCGCCUCGGGAUUCCCGGCGCUGUCCAACCUAGGUUCACCACCUGGAGUCUCGACUUCAAAAAAGUUCUAGAAGACAGCGCUAAAAAGUAUCCAAAUAGCCCGUUUUGUCUAAACGCGUUCGGCACCGAGUACGUAGUCUUACCGUCAAGGUGCUAUGACGAGGUCAAACGGCUUCCGGAGCAUCAGGCUUCUGCCUUUGCUUUUUUCAAGGAAGCUUUUCAUGGCUCCUGGACUGGUGCGGGAGUGCAAACGCCAGAAUUGGGCAGAACUAUUGCCGUGGAGCUCACUCGCGGUAUCCCAUCACUCGUACAUUGGAGACAAAAGGAUUGCGCAGAAGCUUUCAAGAUGUGCAUAGGAGAACCUUCAGAGUGGCGCGAGAUCAAACUCUUUGAAGCAAUCCAGCGGAUUGUAAUAUCCGUCAAUUCAAGUUCGUUUGUCGGAAGGGAACUUGGCACAGACCAAAACUGGCUUCGAGCCAUCUACAAUUUGCCGUUGCAGCUCGGUGUUCCCACCAUCAUCUUGGGUUACACCCCAUUCUUCCUCCGUCCUUUUGCUAAACCUUUUCUUUUCGCUCCACUCAACAUGACGCAAAGAAAAAUCAAGCGCAUGAUGAAGCCAGUUCUCGAGGAUGACGUCCGAGAAUAUGAGACCAGCGCCGACAAGAAGAACCUGCUCAGUCCCAAAGAGCAAGGCAAGGUGCAGCUCACUGGCUGGCUGCUUUCACGCUACAAGGGCAAGCUGGAUUUCCAAGUUCUCCUCCAGGACUUCAUCACCGUCUUGUUCGAAUCCACCCCCUCUACGGCUUCGACCCUGUUUCAUGUUGUAUGCGAACUUGCUGCAGAUCCGUCGCUUCAAGACAUGUUGCGACAAGAGUUGGAAGAGCAGACAGACCAUGGAAACCUGCCCCAGACUCAUCUCAACGAGUUGCGCAAGAUGGACAGUGUCAUGCGGGAGUCUGCUCGCGUCAGCCCUUUUAGCUACCUGGUUCUUUACCGCAAGCUUAUGAUACCUACCAAGCUUUCCAUGGGACUGGAGCUGCCAGCUGGUACAAACAUAUGUGUGGACGCUCAUCAUAUCAACAAUUCGCCGGAACUGUGGGACCGAGCACACGAGUUUGACGGGUUGAGACACUACAAGGCGCGCCAAAGGCCGCAAAAUGAGAACCGCUUCAAAUUCGCCAAUUUGGGAUCCGACGCCCCCAGCUGGGGCGAUGGACUUCAGGCUUGUCCUGGGCGCAUGUUUGCUGACAACACCAUCAAGAUCAUCUUGACACAUUUGUUGCUGAAUUAUGACGUGAAGUUGAGGCCGGGAGAGUCGAAACCUGAAAAGGGGGCCAUGCCCAACGGAUCCAUUGUGCCCGACGUGUGGGCAAAGGUUCUUUUCCGGUCGAGAGUAGGCUCUGACGUGCACGAGAAAAAACAAAAGUAUCCGUAG